AUGGAGACAGUUGAUUCAAGACCGGAUACCAAACCUCUUCCUCCAGAUGUGCGUGCCAUCCAAGGCUCGAUCCCCCAGUCUAUGCUGGGCUGGCUUCGUGAGACUCCCAGUGAGACCCCGGUCGAAGAGAUCCGUCGUCGUCUGUUUGAGGACGAAUAUGUCUUCGUCAAAGGCCUCUUGCCGCGGGACGAUGUAUUGAAGACUCGGGGACAUUAUUUCUCCCAGUUCCACUCCCUGGGUCUGCUAAAGGCAGACACGGACCCGGUUGACGGCAUCUACAAUUCGGACGAGAAUAUCUCGCUGCACAACGGAAUUGGUGGUGGAGGUCCAACAGGUGACGAAGAACUGGAGCGACUCGUGGCUGCCCACGUGCAACAACCCUAUCUCGACUUCGUCGCGCACCCAAAGUUGCGCACAAUGGUCCGCAAUAUCAUGGGCUGGGAGGAAGAAGUCCUCGUCAAGAGAACCAUGCUCCGGCACAAUAUCCCCGGAGGUCAAAGCACUGGCGUUCAUUACGAUAAGCUCUUCCUUCGUGGAGGCCAUGCAUUCUUCCUGACCGCAUGGGUGCCCAUCGGGGACGUCACGGCCAUGGGAGGAGGCCUUGCUUAUCUGGAAGACAGCACCAACCUCGGCAAGGCCAUUGAGGAUGAUUUUGAGGUACGCGCCAAAGACUUCACCCUCGAGGAGAAGAUAUCAGCGUUCAAUCGCAAUAUGUCCGCCACGGGCGUCCUUUCGAUGGAUCCAAUGGUUUUCCAGCGGGACAAUGAGCACCUCGCCAAGAAGACCAAAUAUCGUUGGCUCGUCGCCGAUUUUGAGGCUGGUGGUGUGGUCUUCCAUCUACCAUACACCAUUCACACUGCGGCUGCCAACGAUGAUCCUGCUGGUCGCAUUCGGCUGAGCACUGAUCUCCGCUUCUAUGAUAAGAAGGACGUCGAGGCAAGCGCUACGGAUGAGCGUUGGAACAAGUAUUGGACACCAGACGAUGGGCUUUAG